AUGGCUAUGGCGCUACAUCCUUACUGGCAGAAGAAGGCGCAGGCAGAGAUCGACCGUGUAUGCGGAGACCGCUUCCCAACCAUUGACGAUUUUGCAAGCUUGCCCACGGUGCGUGCUUGCCUGAAGGAAACUAUUCGAUGGAGGUCUGGGGUCCCACUAGGGGUGCCUCACCAAGCUGAACGAGACGAUGAAUACCGUGGGGUCACAAUAAAGAAAGACACCAUCAUUCUAGCUUGUGAAUGGAGCAUCAACCGGGUACCGGAGAAAUACCCCGAUGCCGAGAGUUUCCGUCCGGAUCGAUAUCUUGAGCCUGGCUGGCCAACAUACCAAGAACCGCUUACCAAAUAUCCCAACUUUCGCGACGGAAAGUCCAUGCACACUUUUGGCUGGGGACGCCGCACCUGCUUAGGCAAGGACAUUGUAGAUGAUGAAAUGUUUGUCACGGGUGCUUCUGUGUUAUGGGGCUUCAACAUGUCUCAGAAGAUUUGCCCGCGCACUGGUGAGCCCGUAUCAAUUGACACUCAAUCGACCAACUCACACGUCAUUCUUGAGCCAUCACCAUUCUACAUGGACUUCAAGCCCCGCAGCGCGGUAAAAGCCAAGUUGAUCAUGGACAAUUACUCAUCUGUGCAACCUAUUUUAAAGGUUUAG